AUGGGCCACCAGCUACUACUCACGUCGUGCAUCCCACACAACAAUUUCACGCAGACGGUCGCCACGCUCCAGGCGUUGACGGGGUCGCGGAAGCCGCAGACCAUCAACACCUACACUCUCUUGACCCGACCACGAAACGUGUUCAAGCCCAAGUUCGAGCCCGGCAAAGUCAACCAAAUCGAGCAGUUCUACAUGAAGUGCACCACGGUGUGGGACGACGACGCGGCGCAACGCCUCGACAUCGCUGCGCCCAUACUGAAGGAUUCGUCGGACAUCAACGUGGAUAGACUAUUUGCAGGGAAAGAAGUCAAGCACUGGACGUUGCAGAUCUCCGACAUUCCGAACGCGGGCAAGAACCAGGUGUCUGCGCAGAACUUCUACGAAAGCACGGUGGUGCAUCACCACACCAUUGUGAAGGAGGGCCCACCACCAGGGGCCGCCGCCAAGGAUAACACACCCAGCUCCACGCAGAGGGAAAACGCGCUUGGAACAAACCCACACACCGAGAGUGCGCCAAAACACAUCGGGCCUGGCUCUGCAAUCGACGACGCAAUCGAAGUCGUGCCGGCGGAUUCUCCAGAACUCCCCGCGUCAAAUGAGCAGACAUCUGACAAGCCAGCCGAGGACGUAGAGAUGACAGAAGCACCCGGCAACCCGGCAGAGACCAAGGACUCGUUCCUCCAGUUCCUCGAGGAUUUGGGGUACGGCGUGGUCAACCAGUACUGGACGAAGGGCAUCCGGUUCUUCCAGGGCGACAUUGUCAUUGAGAUAUUCAAGGUACUCAUCCGCGACGACGACGCGCCGUUCCAGGAAUCCAAAAUCAAGCUCCAGCCUUUGGACGAGUCCAAUGCCUUCCAGAUCAAGGCGUACAUCUCCUUCCCAAAAGGGACCAGUGUUGACAUCAUCAACAAGCGCACCAAGGACUUGACUAGCCUCCAGGCCACGUUGCACAAUUUGUUCGAUCUCAAGGUGCCCGACAGAAUGUGCAUGGACUCGCGUGUGGCGAGAUCUCAGUAG